AUGAGAAUUAGAAGAUUAUCAUAUUUUUUUUGGGCAACAUGCAUAGUAGCAUUUAUAUUUAUUUUAUACGUGGUAACAGAUCUUAGCUUCAAGCUUCCAAGCAUAAAACCGGCUAUGGUGGAGCUGGAUGAUAAUAAAUGGACAGCAUUUGAAUCAAAACUUCAGAAAAUAGAGAAGGAGCUUGACCAACAUCAUGCCGUUGUGGGCGAGAUUAAGAAUGCUAUGGAUCAGAUUGUGGAACAAUCACAAGAGUUUUACCCACCACAGAAGAGACCGAAGGAACGCAAGGAAAGUAAAAUACGAGAGUUCAAGGUGGUCGGAGAUGAACCACCGAGAAUGCAUAAAAAGAUUAACAUGUCCUGUCCGGCUAUACAGACAUCUGCUAAGUCUGAUAUACAGAUGCUCUCAAUGUAUGACCGGAUCAUGUUUGAUAAUAUUGAUGGUGGAGUGUGGAAACAGGGCUGGAACAUUGAAUACAAAGAAAACCAGUGGAGUAGCAAAAAUAAGCUGAAGGUGUUCAUUGUACCUCAUUCACACAAUGAUCCUGGUUGGUUGAAGACUUUUGAGAACUACUACAAAACUCAAACAAGAGCUAUCUUCACUAACAUGGUUGAAAAGUUGAACGAAGGUGUUGGAAGGAAGUUUAUAUGGGCGGAAGUGAGCUACCUCGCGCUCUGGUGGGCGAGCGACGCUACUGACAAAGAGAAACUUGCUUUCCAGAAAUUACUUAAAUCUGGACAGAUCGAGAUCGUAACAGGAGGUUGGGUUAUGAACGACGAGGCGAACUCACACUGGUUGUCGAUAGUACAGCAACUGACGACGGGUCACCAGUGGCUGAUGGAUAACAUGGGAUAUAUACCGAAGAACCAUUGGUCCAUUGACCCCUUCGGAUACUCUAGUAGCCAGCCAUACAUAUUAAAGUUAUCCGGUCUAGAAAACUCUGUGAUACAAAGAGUACAUUACAGGGUCAAGAAGGAACUCGCCAUGAACAGACAAUUGGAGUUUAAGUGGAGGCAGUUAUGGGACGGUGUUGGUAAGACUGAUAUGUUCACUCACAUGAUGCCGUUCUACUCAUACGACAUCCCACACACAUGCGGCCCCGAUCCUAAGAUAUGUUGCCAGUUCGACUUUAAAAGGUUGCCAGGUAAUGGAGUAACUUGUCCGUGGGGAAUACCGCCGAGAAAGAUUAUACAGAAGAAUGUUAACGAACGAUCAUCCCUAAUCCUGGACCAAUGGCGGAAGAAGGCUCAGCUGUAUAGAAGUAACGUCUUGUUAGUGCCGCUGGGAGAUGACUUCAGAUAUGACCGAGCCAAUGAGUGGGACAACCAGUACUCAAACUACGACAUGAUCAUCAGCCAUAUCAAUGAGAACGACUCUUGGAAUGCUGAGGUACAAUUCGGCACUCUAUCAGACUACUUCAAGGCGUUGCACGAGGAAGUGAAGCUGGCAGACUUCCCGGUGCUGUCCGGAGACUUCUUCACGUACGCCGACCGCAACCAGCACUACUGGAGCGGAUACUACACCUCGCGACCCUUCUACAAGAGAAUGGAUAGAGUGCUACUGGCUUAUGUCAGGGCAGCGGAAACGAUCAUAAUGCAGGUGUUCCUAUCAUCGUCGAGUAAACAGCUGAUGUCUCUACAGCUGGAGGAGCGCGUGGACGCGGCCAGGAGGGCGCUGGCGCUGUUCCAACAUCAUGAUGGAGUUACUGGCACCGAGAGGGACGAAGUGCGGGAGGACUACGCCAAGAAACUGUUCCAAGCCAUAAAGUACUGUCAGUCGGCGAUCCAGCAGUCCGCCUACCACCUGCUGCGGGAGCCGGUUCUCAAAGAACAACACCAAGAAGAUGUUUAUUUCGACGUGGACGACAUCUGGCGGAGACAUGACGAGUUACCUUCUAGAAUAACCAUCACCUUGGACGCUAUGUCGCCUUCUAGAAGAAUAGUACUUUACAACGCGUUACCCUUCAGAAGAUACGAAGUCUUGACGCUGAUUGUAUCUUCACCGCAUGUUGAGGUGUUCGACCACGAAGGCUCCCCGCUGAUGUCGCAGGUGUCGCCGCUGGUGGCGGGCGAGCGUCGCCUGGGCUUCUCUGCCAACAAGUUCCAGCUGUCGUUCCCGGUCAGCGUGGGCUCGCUGGGGCUGGCCGUGUACAGCGUGGCCUUGAGAGACGCAGCCUCCAUCAACAAAUACACGUCGUACUCGCACGUCCGUAUCUACAACGCGGACUACUGGUCGGUGGAGCUGCCGAAUAUGUUCGCGGUGGAGCAGCCGGCGGGGCGGCUGGCUGAUGACGUCACACUGCGCGCCAACAACACGCGCCUCGUUCUCACCAAGGACGGACUGCUGAAGGCAAUAGUGGGACCGAACGGAAAGACCACGCCCAUACACAUGGACUUCGUACAAUACGACACUCAGAAGACUCCUGAUAACAACAGCGGUGCGUACCUGUUCAUGCCGGCGGGACCCGCCACUGACCUCAAUACGGACCCCUACCCCGAGAUAGUCAUUAUAGAGGGACCCUACAAGGCUACCGUCUACACCGGACUCGUGGGACCUAAAGAAGCCGAGAUAGUACUAGCUAUGUCGUUGUACACGAACCCUUCCCUGGGUCACAGCGAGGUGGAGCUGCAGCACACGUUCCAGCUGGACCCGGCGGCUGAUGACAUCGAGCUGGCCAUACGACUGUCAACUAACAUUAAGAACGGGGACACAUUCUACACGGACCUUAACGGGAUGCAGAUGAUACGACGACGGUACUUCGAUAAGCUUCCCCUGCAAGCGAACUUCUACCCUCUACCGGCGGCCGCCUACAUCGAGGACGCUACGACCAGACUGACAGUAUUGACGUCCACACCGCUCGGCACCGCCGCCCUGCAACCCGGACAAAUAGAGAUAAUGCAGGACCGUCGUCUGAGUCGCGACGACAACCGCGGAGUGAACCAGGGAGUCCUCGACAACGUACGGACAAGACACGUGUUCAGGGUGGUUGUGGAACACUCACAACCUAACUGUCAGUCCUCUGCGGCGGACCGUACUAGCGGGCAGCUGUCUCUGGGCGCGGCCGUGUCUCAACGCACGCUGCAGCAGCCGCUGGUGGUGAUGCAGUUCACGUCCGAGGAGGUCCCCCCCACCACCGCGCCCCCCCACGGAGCCGCUGACAUAGAACUCGCCUCUAUACGACCGGCUCGAGGGAUGAGAGACGGUUCCAAACUGCACGGAGUGGGCGCGACCUUCAGACGACUACAUUUUGAUAGCUGUUAUGGAAAUGACAUCGUCAGUAAAUGGUACCGCGUAGGAGACGGACAGAUCUCACUGAACGAUAUGUUUGAAGUCCAACCUGACAAAGUGUUCGAAAGUUCAUUGACCUUCAAUACCAUACGGAACCCCAUCGCAGACGGCAUCCUGACGUUGUGUCCCAUGGAAGUGAGAUCAGUAUUCAUCAAUCAAACCAUAAAACACGGUUGA